AACCGGUAGUAUUUGUACGACAUGGAUCAUCACCAGCGGGUGGACAGGGUGGGCUUUCUGUCCCCCCUGGAGGAGUCCAGUGCCGAGAUAAGCAGAGAUAGCGGUAUCGUGUCCCAGAGUGCCAGCAGCUUGUCCAUGGUGAGCGAAAUCCUCAGCAGCGGAACCAUCUCGCAAAGUCCCAGCUUCGGCGCAGCGGCGGUUUCCCGAAGCCCGAGUUUCAACGAUGCGCAGCCGGGGACGUCCGACCGGCGAGACCUGGACCCGGACCGAGACUCGAACGACGAGAUCCUGAGACACACCGCACAGGAAUACUCCAGCUAUAUCAGGGCCACUGCCGGGGAGGAGAUUCUUUGUUUGGAGAAGAGCUUAGAAGACAUGCUGACAAGAGUGGAUGAGUUUGUGGGAAUGCUCGAUAUGAUCCGUAAUGAUACUUCCCAGAUUGUGAACGAGAGCCUACCUCAAAUCCAGCAGAAGUCUGAUGAAAUGAGACAAAUUUACCGUAGAAUCGACAAGUUAGAAGCCUUUGUGAAGAUGGUCAGUGCCAAUGUCAGUGCCAUGGAGGAGCAGGUCACACAGGCAGAGGGAGAACUGGGAACACUGCCGGGUGCUCUCAAGAAGAUCCUCCGCACAAUGAGCGUCCCGGGCUUUCUAAACAAACCAGCCAGCCCAAGAAGACCAGCAUCCCAUCAGCGCCAUGACAUCAUUCCCAGUGUGUUUCAGACAGAUGACUAUUUCACGUCACAACCAGAACAGUGACCGAUCUCAAACAGAACAUUUAGCAACUAAAGGUUUCUAACCUCAGAAACUUAUGGGUAGAAGCUGUAGAGACAACUUUUACUGCCAUCCAUCGUAAGAGGAUCUACAGGUACAAUUGCCUCAACAAAGCAAUAUUAGCCUUUCUGAACAAGUCACUGGGAAUCAAAUGUGUGAAGACAUUCGAGGUUUCUUAGUAUCAUUCUUGUGGCAGCAAAAAUGAGCACUGAACUUGUAGCAAAAUUAUCUUAUUUUGUCUUUCUUUAAGUGCCUAAAUGGUCUCUUGCUCUCUUAUGUUCUUUUACUCACUGAUAGUGAAGAAAAAAACAGCAAGAUAGGAAGACAGCAUCAUCCCACUUGCCAUUAGGACACUUGGACAUGCACACUGUUAGACUAGGGUACAGAGAGAGGGUUUGCAAAGUAAAUGAAUAAUUAAACCCAGCUCUUUUUAUAUAACAUUCUUAUUCCUGAUGUUUGUAUAGACCUGUAUGAUGUUAUGCAUUUAGCUGUAUUUGUAAUAUUUCAUUAGUUCACCCAAACAGUAUUGGUCGCUCCAAUUCAAUACCCACAGUGUCUUCCAGUACAAACCAUCCACACUGUUGCUGGUUGGCAGCAGCUGGGGUAAAAAGAAAAAAAGGAAAAAAUGUGGGUCUUCAAUGAUUUACACCAUCAUCUUUAUGUGCACUUUGUCCAAGAAGAUGAGCUGGGUUGGCCUGGCAAGACAGAUUAACUCAUGAACAAAUCACUCAAAUAUGGACAUGGUGGGGUUUGUGGUUUAUAAGACAAUGUUUAAUCGAUAACAGUAUCAAGGUGAUUCAUCCAAUGCCAAAUGGUUCUCAAUGACGCUGUUUCAUUUUCAGGGUUACCAUGGUCACCAAUUUUGUUGAAUUAAAUAUUCAUCCAUAUUACGCCAAUUUCAUAAUGGGGUUUCUUUUGGAUGUGUAAAUUGUAUAUUUUCUAGUUGAAGCAUUUUCUGCUUUCAUCGGCUACCUUAGCGUUUUAAUUUCUUUGAGAAAUGAUCUCUCCCUCCACGGACGUCCAUGGAAAAUCAGGGGAUUUGUCCGGCUGUCUCCUCAAUCAAAAGCCACCCUCUUUACGCAACGC